UUCAUAUUCUAUUAGUUCAUCGUUUGUUUUGUUUUUGAUUUUUGUUUCGACAUUUAUUUCUUCAUCUUUUCUUCAAUGACGAAAAAUAUUUCAUAUUGUAGAAGUUGAAGAAUAAUAGAAUGGCGACAGAAACUAGCUCAGAAAACGUUAUCAAGAAUGAUAAUGAAAUAAAUGAGACUGAUGAAUCAGAAGAUCAUACACUGAGUGAUAAAGAGAAGAACCACAAAAAUGAACUCUGUCCAGACUUGAAGGAAAAACUCCUAGGUAUACCAGGUGCUUUAGAAUACAUACAAAAACUAGAGAAACUGAUCCUGAAACAAGUGAAGAAAAUCAAAAAGCUGAGGAACAAGCUGAAGAAUGCAAAGGGCAAAGAUGUCUUUACUCAAACAGACUUUGAAGACAAAGCACUGCCUGAAGAAGAGAAUGUGGAGACACAUAGUGAACCAAAGACUCUGGCAGAUGAUAUCAAACAAGCUGCUGAAUUGGCAAUGCAAAAUACAGGAUUUGUUUAUGAAGAAACAUCUGGAAUGUAUUAUGAUUACAAUACAGGAUAUUAUUAUAAUGCAGAGUAUGGACUUUAUUAUGAUGGUACUACAGGCACUUAUAUGAAAUAUAACCAAGAAACACAGUCCUAUGAAUUUCACUCCCAAGUUAGCACUGAGAGCCAGGAGCAAGAAAAAAAAUUGAAAAAACAAGUGCAGAAACGAAAAAAGAAAAAUGGGCACAGCAAUAAAGAGGUCAAACGUACCAGAGCAGACAGUACAGACUUGCAGACCCAGGAUGUAGAAGAAGGAGAAUGUUCAGAUAGCUUAGACAGUUCCUCUGAGGAUGGUGUACAUUCUGAUUCAAGUGACAUCUCCAAGCAAUGGCCUCCCUGCAUGCGGGUGAUAAUAGAAUCCAGUGACGUGCCGAAGUUGAAGCGGGGCUCUCUACACAUAAUCACCUUCUCGGGGGGCACGGUGGGGCGCGAGGGGGCCCACUCCAUCCUGGUACCGGACAUAAACGUCAGCAAGCACCACUUGAAGAUCACCUUCGACAAAGAGAGCAGUCAGUACUUGGUCGUCGAUUUGGGUUCGAGAAAUGGUACUUUGCUGAACGGCAAAAGGAUAUCGUCCUCGAAACAAGAAAGCGACCCUGUAGCUGUGACGCACGGCAGCAAAAUUCAAAUCGGGUCGACGAUUUUUUUGUGUCACGUGCACGAAGGGAAUCAGACGUGCGGACAUUGCGAACCCGGUUUGAUCCAGUCGAAAGAAGAAGAAAUACAGAAAGUGGACAAUACUACCAGGACUGACAGAUACAGAAAAGAACUGAAAAACCUGAGGAUGAUGUACGGGGUAGCUCACGCAGAAGAUGAUACGAAAUUAGCCAAAGGCUAUACAGACAGGGCACAAAAAAGAAGAGAGACCAUUGGAAGCCAAAAUCCACACGAAAAGACCCAAACCGCUUCCAUAGACGAGUCUAUCAAUAAAGAAAAUAAGGGGUUCAAAAUGUUGGAGAAAAUGGGAUGGAAACAGGGGGAGUCUUUAGGAAAAGAUGGCGAAGGAUUAUUAGAACCUGUUAAAUUGGUGUCAAAUGAAGGGAAAUCUGGUGUUGGUUCUACUGAAAGUGUAGUACAAUCAUUUGUUCCGAAUGAGCGGCAAGAAAUAUGGAAGAAAACACAGGAGAGAUUCCAAAAACUACCCGCUACUCAGGAUUCUUUUGAUGUAGAUUUGGAAGAUUAGAAUUGUUUCUAAUAUAAUAGGUCUCUUGUUGCAUGAAAUAUUAUAUAGGUGAAUAUAUUUUAACUAAUUUAUUAGGUUCAUUGUUUUUAAUAAACUGUUUAUUAAAUUUCGAUAAAGACA